AUGACAGAACUUGUUGGAAAAUUUAUUUCACACCUAAACGAGGAAGGCUUUUGCAUUUGGAAAACAGUUAGACUUUCAUAAGCCUUCUGAUCCUAGCCAGCCGGAGCUUGUCUAUAGCGCCAAUGUCGAGAAGGGAGAAAUUGUCGAGUCUUUGGUUUCGCAAUUAGAUAUGACAGAUGGUGGGUUAGAGUCUGGAGCGGAGGAGAUUGAUGAACAAGACCCAAGAGCCAGGAAGGACGUUCCACAUCAGGUUUAUCACGCUUCAAAAGGACUGCGAAACCUUCUUCUGGACGUGAAGCCAGUUCUUUCAUGGCCACCAAAGGUUGACAAGCUACAAUCUGAUGCUGCUUUAGUGUCUGAUAUGUUGUACAAUAUGCUGGCUUAGAUUCUUACCUCAGAUACCAAAUUUAGAACUGAAUGGGUUACAAAUCUACCCUAUCAUGUUCAUCGCUGGAUUCUUUCACUAGGACAGGAUCUAAUUCACUGUGUUUCCCGGGGUUGCACAAAGACUCCCAAGCAUUUGCUAUUACCCAUGACAGUCAAAAGCCUCACAGGGAAUGCCGAACUGGUAACUCUCUUGAAAAGAUUUGGUCAUGGUCUUUCAUAUUCUCAGAUUGAAGAGCUUGAGACAGCAAUUGCUGAGCAGCAAAUAACAAAUCUCCACAAUGGUGUAUUGUUGCUGACCGUGUGCAGUCCCAGUGUUUCUGCCGUUUUCUGUUGGGAUAACAAUGACCUUCAGAUGGAGACUUUAUCAGGUAUCUAAAGAGAAGGACAAAUUAUCAUUUUUGCAUCAGCAUUAAUUUGAUCUCUUUACCUUAUCUCUUCAUCUUUUCAGUUCAUCUGUUUGUACUUCGAAGUUAACUAUUGAUUUGUAGCGCACGUACAAUCGUCUAUUUAUAUUUUAUAAAACAGGAACUAUUUUGUUCCUAAUGUAAGACUUUCGUAUCCGUUUCCUAAUAGGCAAGGGAACAACACACUGCACUAAUGGUAUUGUUGUCCAACGAAUACCGCUUACCUGUGCUCCACCACCAGACAUUCAAGUUGAAGAAGUGCAUCCUAAGAAGCGCACAGUCACACAAAUUGCCACCGAUGUUAUUCCUUAUCAUUCCGGUCACCAACAGGGACCUGCUGCUGUGCAGAUCAACAUCAACCAAGUGAUACAGACUAUACCAGAAACCACACAGAGAGCUCGCCUAAUCGACUUUGGAUGGAUACUGUGUCAACAGCCACUUGAAGAUUCAUUAUUUGCACUGUCUGCAGAGCAUCCACAAGUCAUAUCUGCUUGGACGGCGUUCAAUAUUAAGAUAAUAGAAGGGAGGGGUCUUCAUGAGAGCUGCGUUGGGUAUUGUCCAGUGAUUGAAGCAAGCCCCACAGAAUUGCCGACAGUCUAUACAAUAUUACAGAGGUCUCUUCAGAUGGCAGAUCAACUCGGACAGAGAGACGUGAUGGUAGUGUUUGAUCAAGCAAUAUAUGCCAAGGCCUUAGAAAUAGUAUGGCAAAAUCCCCAGGAAUUUCAGCGUGUGGUUCCUAGGAUGGGAACAUUUCAUACAGUUUGCGCUUUCCUUGCUGCAAUUGGCAAGAGGUUCUCCGGUGCCGGACUCGUUGUCACUGGUUCUGUCUCAGGUGUGCUCCAAGGAAAGCAUUACAAUCGCUCUAUUCGCACGCACAAGGUAAAAUAUAUUUGAUAUUUUAUUUACGGACAAAACCAAGAGAUAUGCAGUUGUAACACAGGAUGCGCGCACAUAAAGGCAUGUAUAUGUAAAAAUAGCAGUUUUUCUUUUCAGAUUGUUUUUGAGGCUCUGCAUCAUCUGCAGUGGCAGCAGUUCAAGGGAUGGCUUGUAACUCAAGGGCAGUGUACCAAUUACAUACAUCUUGUAAGUGCAUUGCAGCUUGUCAGAGAGGAAUGUAAUGCAGAAAAUUUUAAUGUCAUCCUGUCCUUGCCAGAAUUUGAAGAGUUAGCUAAUCUUUACGAGCAGUACUGCAAAGACGAGAACGACAGUCCCCUGAAGAUGUUCUGGAACUCCUACUGGUAG